GCUGGUCGCAACAAGAACCGGAAGGCGAAGAAGACCCACAACUCUGGGAAGGGGCACAAGGCACACAAGCGCAAGGUCGGCCCACUCAACGGCCACGGCGCUUCGGCCCUUCGGCUCGUUCUCUCGUCCCGUACCUCGGAGACCCCGACGGUGUCGCACGCCACGACAACCUCAACAGUUCUGGCCCGAGUGACCGCAACUGGUGCUCCAGCAACCCCAACUUCGGCCACUGUAGCCUCAACUGCGGGACCGGCGACCUCAACGACUGCCCCGAUGACCUCGAUUUCCACGGUUGCGAUUGAGGUCAUCGAGAUAGACACGAGCGACGAUGAUGAGAUUGCGAUGACUGAGUGCGCGAAAAGCCCUAUGCCGGUAGACGCUAUUGUCCAGGACGCGUCGGUGACGGAACGCGAUGGCGACGUUGUGGGUACCCAUGUGGCCCAUGCGGCCCAUGGCGAUCGAGCGGUAGAGACGGAGGAGGACGGGUCAAAUCAAAGAAUGAGGAAAGCUGAGCACGAGCAACGCGCUCGGAUCACUUAUAUUGUCGAAUAGAAUCUGUCUCUACCGCUCGAUCGCCAUGGGCCGCAAGAAGAGCAAGAAGAGCGGACGCAAGAAGCAACGUCUGUCGAACGGCCUGUCGAACGGCCUGUCGAACGGACAGCCGAAGGACCUCCGGAACGGCCGCCACAAGUCGUCAAACGUCGAGAUGCAAUCAAGCCAGCUGGACACGACGGCCGAGGCCUCGACGCCGACCGCUGCGCCGCCGACGUUCGCCGUGAUGGACGGCGCACUUACCCUCGGCGGUCUCGCGGCGGCAGCCAAGGUCUUUUGCGCCCAUGACGGCGAGAUGUCUCCGAUGCUCAUUGCGCGCAACGUGCCGCUGGUCGCGUGGCUCAAGGAUGCAACGCUCAACGCCCGGCAGUUCCACGUCAUCUUGUGGGGCACGUUCAAGGGCGAUCCUCGGGACCCGGCGACGCUGGCUGCGAUCUACAUCGCCCGACGCACUCCCGGUCCCGCGCAUCAGCAGGCUUUGGGAAAUACGAUGAUGGAUCUUGCGAGGCAGGCAAUCAACUUUCCCGAUGCGUUCUACGUUGGACCUUGCGAGGGGCUCACGCUCGGUAAUGGUGAAGUGAGUGAGCCGGACAUGGCGAUCUUCCAGCGCAUUGAUGGGCUGAGGUGCAUUGCCCAUCCGUGCUUGGUGAUGGAGCUCGACCACGAGAACCGCUCGUUCCCGGUGCUAGAGAAGUGGACCAAGGAGUACAUUAGCGUCCAGAUCCACACAGCUGUCGGCGUCAAGAUCUUCGGCGACCAAGAUGGCGAGGUUGGUCGCUUUGGCGCCGUCGCGCUCAUGUACGUUCUUGGCGAAGACGGCGCUGCGACGCUCCGGUUUGCCGCGAGCAUUGGCACGGCGCCGCUCACGCCUGAAUCUAUGCGCGGGAUGAGCGACGAGGUGCGUGCCGCGAUGCAGCAUUUCGAAGACGGGGUUGCGCACGAAGCGGCUCUGCACCAUGUGCGCUGGGCCCACCCGACGCUGGCUCCGCCGCGCAUCGAGCUCACGGUGGACGAUCUCUGGUACCAAGAUGAAGACAACUUGCUCGGCGCGGCGCCGCCGAAUCUCACGAGCCUCUUCAUCGACCUCUACACCGUCGCCAUGAGUGCGUAUUCCGCCAUGACCUAG